AUGUCCGAGUCUCUGCGCGAGCCCGUGGGUCAAACACCAUCCAUCCGCCGUUCUUUCACUCUCCCCACGAAGUUAAACCCACUGUCGCAACGUGGUUCGGCGCCGCCAGCAAAACUAUCGGAAAACGUCAUCUUCUAUCAUCCCUCCGCGAAGAUCGUUCAUUUCGCGCCCCGGGCCCUCGCCCCGAUCCCGUCCAGUUCCGCGCCCGCCGAUUUCGACUACCCCGUUGAUACCAUCGAAUCACUCCCAUGGCGUUCGGCGACUGAACGAACGGUCGCAACAGCGCCGCUUCGACUCGAACGUGUCCAUGGAUUGACCGCGUUCCUGAAGUGUGGAAAUGUCGUCCACGCGAUCCUGAAGAACUCCCAGUGUUGGUGUGUGGAUGGCGUGUCCAAAUUCGUGCUGCGCAUUCGCCCGCUCACCUACUAUCGCAUCGAAAUACCACACGAGACAGAAGAGGACAAGAGGUUAGUUGGGGAUCUGAAGGUCGCGCUACCAACCAUUCUUCGGUAUGAAGUGACGCCUUGUCCUUUCAAGCGCGCAUUCACCGUGGAACUACCCGAGGAUGCGAUGGCACCGCGGCGCAAAAGGGCCUGGCGACCCAAAGAGCGAAAGGAUAGUCUGUAUCCUGCCUCGGGGAGCAGUCAAGGGGGGUCACCCUCGGAAACGCGAUCAGAAUGGCUAGACUCCGCUAGUACCGGAGAGGACACGGAUGGAGGUACAACAGACGACUGCGCAUUAGCCCCCCCAGAAAAGUAA